AUGAAAGCUAAAAAAUUAUGCGAUUACUACAACUAUAACCGUUUCAGAAAGAAAAACAAUCUGGUUUCAUUUUUAAGGAGGGAACUGAAGUCAUAUAGCACAAAAAGCGAUCACUUCAGUAGCAAUGAAAAGCUGUACAAUUUUGGAUUUCAAAAAGUAACGGAGGAAAUAAAAUCAAAGCUUGUAAACAACUUAUUCAGUAAGGUGUCAAAUAAAUAUGACUUGAUGAACGAUUUGAUGAGUCUGCGCUUGCACCACUGUUGGAAGAACGAGUUGGUAAAAGAAUUAGACUUAUUUUUAAAAUAUCAUAGUUAUAAUAUGGAAGAAGAAAUGUACAUACAUAAAAGGGAUACCAUAAAUGAAGAUAAGAACAUGGAAAUGGGAAAUUUUCACAAAAUGUGGAAUGAAGAACAAUAUUCAGAAGAUCCCCAUAUAAGGGAAAGAGAAAAAUACGAACAUGGUCAGGAAAAAUAUGAACAGGAUAGAGAAAAAUACGAACAUGGUCAGGAAAAAUAUGAACAGGAUAGAGAAAAAUAUGAACAGGAUAGAGAAAAAUAUGAACGGGAUAAGGAAAAAUAUGAAAAGGGAAUGGAAAAAUACGAAAAGGGAAUGGAAAAAUAUGAAAAGGGAAUGGAAAAAAGUUCAGCAUCACAGGAUGGGGGAAAAAUGCAUUCCUGUAAAAUUUUAGAUUUAGCUGGAGGUACAGGUGACAUCGCUUUUCGAAUAUUAGAAAAAUAUAAAUAUCAUUUAAAAAAAAGAAAAAGUAGUAAUAACAGUUAUAGUGAAUAUUUGUCUGAUGAGAUGUGCAUAAAUUAUAUGCCCAACAUAAUUGUUUGUGAUAUUAAUAGUGAUAUGAUUAAAGUAGGAAUAGAAAAGGCAAAGAAUUUAAAUUAUGACAAAUAUAUAACAUGGUUAAUUGAAAAUGCUGAAAAUUUAAAAUCUUUUGAAGAUAAUUCAGUAGAUAUAAUUACCUUAUCAUUUGGUAUAAGGAAUUUUACAAAUAUUCCAAAAGCUUUAAAAGAAGUACAUCGAGUUUUAAAACCAGGUGGAAGGUUUUUAUGUCUUGAAUUUAGCAAAGUAAAUUGUGAUGUUAUAAAUAUUUUUUAUAAAUUUUAUUUAAAUAAUUUUAUUCCCUUACUCGGGAAAUUAGUAGCAAAUAGUGAGCAUUCAUACAAAUACUUAGCAGAAAGCAUACAGACAUUUUUAACUCCUGAUGAGUUAUCUCAAUUAAUGCAUCAGUGUAAUUUUAGAAGCAUUUCUUAUACAACCCUGUCCCUAGGAAUCGUUGCUAUUCACUCCGCGUACAAGUUAAUCAUAUAA